AGUGGAGAUGGGUGUCCCCUUUGCGCAUGUGUAGACAGUGAGCUGUGCUGCGGUGGAACAGGGGCUGGAGACACACUGCUAGAGAGAUGGCGCGGCACCCGACCGGAGCGCAAGGACAGCUGGUUGGUGGUGGGGGGGCUUGAAUUAUAAAGAGAAUCAGAAAAUUAAGAGAGUAAUUAUUAAAAAAAAAAAAAAACAACUGUCAAGCAAAGGGGGAUUCGGAAGAGGAGUUUUCAUUCUGCAAAACAGCGUGCGAGGUAGGGGAAUAAUGAAAUAGGUGAAUGUAAGGACAGAGAAGAGGCAAUAGCAAAGGAGGCUACUGCAAGAAAAAAACAACAACAAAAGAAAUUUGAACUUUUACUGGACGUGAGGACUUCUGGACAUCAGCUAACUGGGGUAGGUCAGAUAGAUGGUUUGUCCACAGCGCUGCCCGGAUCAUGAACGCACAGCUGUCGAUGGAGAAUAUUGGCGACCUGCACGGAGUGAGCCAUGAGUCCGUGUCCGGUCACGGAGAGCUGCUGAGUGGCCACAGUCCACAUUCCCGUCCGAGCCCUAGGGGUUUAAGCCACCGUGCUAUGGGCAUGGCGACCCUGCUCGACACCGGAGACUAUCACCCCAGCCACUCUGGACACUUGCAUCCAGCCAUCAGCAUGUGUGAAGCCCCCCCUGGCAUGAGCGCGAGCAGCACUUACACUACCCUAACCCCCCUGCAGCCCUUACCCCCCAUCUCCACCGUGUCCGACAAGUUUCCUCCCCAUCAUCAUCACCACCACCAUCCACAUCAUCCUCACCCGCACCCGCACCAGAGGAUCCCCGGAAAUGUUAGCGGCAGUUUCACGCUGAUGCGAGAGGACCGGAGUCUGGCGCCUAUGAACAGUCUGUAUCCCGCAUAUCAUCACAAGGAUCCGUGCAUGGGCCAGAGCCUCUCCCCGUUAUCCGGUUCCGGUCUGGCCAGCAUACACACGUCCCAGGCCGGCAUCCCCCCCUACGCUCAUCCUGGUGCCGCUAUGCCUGGUGAGAAGAUGCUCACCCCGAGCGGGUUCGAGGCUCACCAUCCGGCCAUGCUCAGCAGACAUGCGGAGCAGCACAUGAGCUCCUCAGCUGGUAUGGUACAAAUCAACGGCCUCCAUCACCAUCCGCACGCCCACCUUGGCGCGCAGGGCCACGGCCAAGUGCUGGGGAACAGCCGGGAGCAGGCCUCCGGGCCCGGGCAGCAAGGGGGCGGCGGUGGAGGGGGUGGUGUUUCUGGGGGACAGAUGGAGGAGGUGAAUACCAAAGAGGUGGCGCAGAGGAUCACCACAGAGCUGAAGCGCUACAGCAUCCCUCAGGCCAUCUUUGCCCAGCGGGUCCUGUGCAGGUCCCAAGGGACCCUGUCCGACUUGCUGCGAAACCCCAAACCCUGGUCCAAGCUUAAGUCCGGCAGAGAGACCUUCCGCCGCAUGUGGAAAUGGCUGCAGGAGCCUGAGUUCCAACGCAUGAGUGCGCUCAGGCUCGCAGGUGAGCGAAGCCUCGCAUGUAAGCGUAAGGAACAGGACCACGGCAGAAGCGAGCGGGGAAAUGUGACCAAGAAGCCCCGGCUUGUGUUCACAGAUGUGCAGCGGCGGACACUCCAUGCCAUCUUCAAAGAGAACAAGCGUCCAUCCAAAGAGCUGCAACUCACCAUUGCUCAACAGCUGGGCCUCGAGCUGGCUACAGUCAGCAACUUCUUUAUGAACGCACGCCGCCGGAGCCUAGAUAAGUGGGUGGAUGACGGCUCUGGUCACUCAGCCAACUCUGGCCCCAACGCCUGCACCAAAGCCUGAAGAAGGACUGAUUUGACCAACUCAUGGACUGACUCAACCUCGGUGGAAAAGCUUUAAAACUUAAGAGAAACAAAGAAAACUUAAAAAAGACCUUGAAGCAACGUUUUGCCCUUAAACCUGUACUAUAUUGAUAUUUAUAGUAUCCAAAGAUGAAAAAACAAACCAAAGACUUCUCCUUUGACCUGCUUUACAAUGUUUGUUUUAGCAACACAUUUAUGUGUAACAUACUGCAAAAAGACUAUAGUUUUACUCCCCCUCUCACACACACUCGCUGUCACUGGUCUCUAGCUUUAUUACACCCUCCCCUCACCUCCCCACCCAGUAUGAAUCUAUCAUUCGCCACUGUUAUCUUUAAUCUGAUUGGUUGGUUUUGAUGAUGGGUCCCUAAACAGAGGUUUAAUCAGCCUCUUGACAGUCUGAUCUGCAGUUGUCCACGGCCUCGAAAACAGCCAGAAUGUGGAGCUCCAGUGGGAUUGGCCAAUCAACUUUAAAGAAAAAAAAUCCCACAGGAGAGACUGGAUUGUUGUGCAACCUUGUUCGGAUCAGUGGAGCGGACUGUCUGACUGUUUGUCCAGCUGUCUGUCUUUCUAUCAAGCAUUCCAGACAGACAGGGAAAUGUCCAUGCGUAGACUGCUAACCCUAAAACCAAAAGGUCCAACCCUAAACCAAACCAAAUAGAAAAAAAUGCCUAACAUCAACCCACAUGGUAGUGCUUUCUUCCAACAUGCUGAGGCAUUGAAUAAUUCAAAAAGAAAAACCAAAGCCUUCUACACCUUGAAGCCUCUUUUGCAGUUUAGAAAUCAAACCACUUAAGAACAUCCUAUGAAGUAAUUUGACCAAAGAAUAUAUUUUGUAGUUGAUAAAAGUAUUUUUUACCUGUUUUCCUCCCUUACCUCCUGAGACAGACUGUUAGUGUGCUCCACGAAGAAGGACAUCAUACUUGUCCUUCUCCACAGAACAUUUUGAGUCACGUUUAAAUAUUUGCUCCCUGCAAACGGAAAUACUCUAUGGUAUAACCCUAAAAAUUAACUAUUGAUAUUUGCCUUAUAGAUGCCUUCUUGGAAAGAAAUAGACUAUACCACUUUUAACUUCGCAGACACUCUCCUGAAUUAUGAUCAUUGUACUCAAUGUUAAGGUUAGUCAUUACAGCUACAUCUAAUCCUUCUAAUCUGCUUAGCUAAUGCCGGCAGGUUUAGUUCUACUUUAUGUGUUCAAAAUCCAGCACCUGUCAAAGACAAAUCUCUUCAGUUUUCUAAAACACAAGCUACUGGAUCUAUGUGUGGUUUUGACACUGUGUGAGGGAGCGUGUCAAAACCACAGUGCCUCUGGUGGUUUUAAUAAGCACUUCAUAUGUAUUUGAUUUUAUCUCCUCAUCAAAGAUGUUGGGCGGAGGAGAUGAUAUCAAUGAUCAAAUCACUUUCAGGCGCUUACACAGCAAUGUCAGCUUGUCACCUGAAUACGAAAGCACCCCCGCUCCCUGCCUGCUGCCAAUCCACCCUGCACUUCCUCCCCUCCCUGCCUCCACUCUCCUAGUAAGCUAUGCAUUUCAGCACUAGGAGGAAAGCACUACACAGGGCUGGCCCAGGGCAGCAUAGCAUUAGAUAUAUUACGCUGGCCCCUUGCCGUCAUCCUCUUCAUGGCCAGGGUUAGCAGCUCUACAUUCAUCAGAACAAGCGCUGAAGGAGAGGCAAGAGAGAGCUGCUUUUUCUUUAUCUCUGAGAGAAAAACCAAAAAGACGACAAGAAACCAAAAAAAAAAUGUGUCAAGACCUGCUGAUGUUUUAUAGUGUGAACCAAAGAUGCUACCUCACUCAAGUUCCAUACGUGAUUUUUAUCACUUUGAUGAUACCAAAGAUAACCAAAGAUUUUUUCUCAUUGCACGGCCUCUAUGAGUGGUGUUCAAAGAUGUGAUGUAUGUGUC